AUGCCUCCGAAGGCGGCCGGAGACUGGAAGCGACGAACUACUGCGCGCCAGAGAAGAAGAUACGCUGCGAUGGGAGUAAGCCAAUCUGUGGACCGUGUGGGAGGCGAUCAUACCGGAGCGACCAGUGCGUCUAUAGCACGCACACGGAUAAUGCCCGCUCCGCGAGCAGGGACGAUCAGAUAUGUCCAUGCCCUCCAUCAGCGAAUCAGAGAAUUGGAAGAGAACUGUUUGAGGGCCGGAGUCUCCAUUCGGAUGUCCUCAAACUCUCAACCCGAGACAUCGAGUGGGCCGAAUAGCCCCGACCGAAUGCCACCGGAGGGAGUUGGCGUUCCUCCGACUGCUUUCCAUGCUCCUCUGGAACCUGCCCAGAACCCGACUCCUACGAGUGUUCGGCGUGGGGCACCAGGGCAUGGGUCGCAGGUCACACAUGGUGGCCGAGACAACAGGCAGUCUGAACCGACAGGAGAAGGAACCGCAGAGGCCUAUGAAUCACCAUUUUUCGACGACAGCGAAGGGCAUGUCACGGGUAUGGGCCAGAUUAUAGCGCCUGGCUCCGAAAACAGGGGGCAAUUCUAUGGAAGUUCAUCUACUGCUUCGCUCAUGCGGUUUGCCUCGGAAUUGAUGCCCUCGCGGCCAACAAAUGAUUCGCGUGUCGAACCCAUCGCCGGCAGACUCCAGGAUACAUCGACUAUCUACCGGCUUGAUGACUUCGUGCUGCCGCCGCGGACAUUGGCAGAUCACCUCUUAAACUGCUUUUUCGAUCAUGUCUAUAUUCUGUAUCCAUUCUUUGACCGACCUGCGUUUGAAGCGGCGUACCGCAAUCUCUGGCGCGCAGAGGAUGAGCCCAACAUCGCUCUCACAGACCAGAGAAUCGGACUAGGAUCACGCGCAGAGUCCGGGCCUAAGUCAAUUGUCUUUCAUUCUGCACUUAACUGUAUCUUUGCUCUGGGCUGCCAGUUUGCGGAUAUUGCGUCCGAGGAAGUCGAGCUGGUCGCGAAUUCCUUCUUCCUUCGAGCGAAGAGGUUUAUUGGUCUUGAUUUCCUUGAUAUUAAUACGCUCGGUGUAGUUCAGGCAUUAUUGAUCACGGCGUUAUUUCUGCAAAGCUCGCCAUAUCCCAGCCGGUGCUGGCAGUCGGUUGGUGUGGCCUGCAGAGUUGCCUUGGGAUUGGGGCUACAUGAAUCAGAUACUCUGGCAACAUUAGCCCCUUUGGAGUCGGAUAUUCGACGGCGGACCUGGCAUGGCUGUGUAAUGAUGGAUGUCACAUUGAGUAUGACAUAUGGCAGACCAAGCAUGACCAGCCACCUGGCUCCUUUUCCUCCCCCGAGCGACUCAGACGUACCCUGCCAUCCGAACGGUCCCGGGGAGCCAUCUCUCAUGGCGUUCUACACCGAGUCCAUCAAGGUUUACGAUAUCCUCGAUCGAAUCUUGUCUGAUGUGUAUUACACCUGGCGGGGCCGUUCCCGCCAGGAUCAACUGCACCCUUCAACCAGAAGCCUUGGGGGUCUAGACACUGUCCUUGAAAUCGAGAGGCAGCUUACCUUGUUUGAAGCGAAUCUUCCUUCCUUCCUUAAGUGGACGUUGGUGCCGUCUGGAAUGUCUGCGGAUGGAGAAUCAACACGAACCAUCGCCAAACAGCGCAAUGUUUUACAUGCCAGAUAUAUUCAUCUCCACCUUCUUCUCUACCGACCUAUCUUCACCCAGCUUUACUCCGCAAGAGUCAGCAAGCAAGAGAAUUCAAGUAGGCCGGAGUUUCAAAAAGGUCCAACAUUCCAAAGCUGCUUGACACAGAGUGCCAUAUACUCCUCCGUUGCUAGUAAAUGCGCCUCAGCAUGCGUGAUGGCAGCGGCCGAUCUCACACACCUAGUCCAUGAGACCUAUCGGACCGAUGCCGCCGAUGCAUGGUGGUACAACGGAUUCUACGUAUCAACCGCUGCUAUCGUCCUUCUCAUGUCCCUCUCCGCCCCAUCAAUGCUCGAUCCAUUCACCAUGGACAAAGCGCGGGAAGCCUGGAAAGAGGCGAUGCGGGUUUUAGAAUCUAUGGCUUCAUUCCGCCGUUCCGCUACCAACACUCUUCAAUUUCUGCAAGGCGCGUAUCGCCAGGCUGUGCCUGGUGAUGUACACCAGACAGGCACGGAUGUUACAGGUGUUGCUUCGCAGCUUCGAAGUGACGUCGCUCAGUUGAAUGACACGUUCGACCAUCCGGUUAACGACCCAACACAGAUACCGUUCUUCAAUUGGGAGGAAUUCGCCGCCAGUAUGGGUCCUGGGCUGGAUGAUUUGGGGUUCUUAACUAGGCUUGAUUUUCCUGAUUGCUUAGGCUGA